AAAUGGUGGUGGCAAAAGCAUAUGACUUAGGCUUAGCUCACAUUUCCAAAGCGGGGCCUGGCCGGGCAGCUCUCGGGAGCGAAAAGAAUAAUAUAAAAUACAUCAAGAUACACGAAAUUUCCAAAUACGAUUCAUGGGCAUGAUUUGUGCAUAUUUCUAGGUAUGCAUUUAAACUUUUCGUUUCUUAAAACAAAUGGACUCCGCUUUGGAAAUGUGACCUAAGCCUUAACAAGCAUCCACGUUCAAUUCAGAAACAGACAAAUUGCUCCUUUAGAAUGCAUCUGGCAAAAUCCACACACAAACCAAUAGUAUCUUCUAAUAAUACCUAGUUCUGUGUAUCUUCUUAUGCCCGUCCAGCUUGCUCCGGAGUUGAGAGGACGGUGUGUACAGACGGCGACUGUGACGUCCAUGAGGUUGUCUGUGACGGGAUAGUGGACUGUGACGAUGGGAGCGAUGAAAACGACUGCGGUAAGUCAGGCAUUUCGCGCUGCGCCUGUCGCCGACGAAGAUUUCCGUUUCGUAAACCGUCGUUGCCAUCGAGAACAGUCGAUGCCAUAUUUUAGAACGCUCGUUGCCUUUUCAACGGACGAUGCCAUUUCCGAGCGAGUUCCGAGUACUCGUGACGUGUUCGUGAAGUUUUCGUAACUUUUCGGAACAUUUCUUAGAAUUGUGGGUAACGUUAAUCGCAUUUCUGGAAGACCAACUUGGCGUCAGAGAAAGAUCGAGACCCUGAUCCGCUUGCAGAAGAAACACAGAAAAGACCUUCUCAGGACUAAAAUGAUGUCCUCCACUCAGCUGAGUUUGCAGGCAAAGGAGGCCAAGCACGUUGGGGUGGCUGAAGGAAGACCAGACCCAGCCCGAGAAUCAUAUGCUGAUCUCAUAAGAUCAUCGAUUGAGGAGAUGAAUGACUUGAAAAAGCUUCAGGAUUCAAGUGAAGUUGAUGAGAAAGCAUUCCUUGAAACUUUACCAGAGGAUUGCCGUUACAAGAUAACAAGUCUCCGGGGCACCUCCUCUGGGUUUGAUGCAAGUGUCGAAACACCAGACCUGACUACUGACAACUACAAUGACUGGUUACUUGAAUAUGGAGCCAUAACCAACACUUGCCUGAGGAAGGGGACAGUCAAGGGUGAGUCGUCUGGCUUUUUCCUGCGGACUUACUACCGUUGUCAACACAACACAAGACAGUGGAGUCCAAGCAAAGACCCUCAGCGCAGACUUGGCAUUGACCCUACGGCUAGGGUUAAGAAUACAAACUGCCCAUUCCAGUUAGUGAUGAAGAUCUCAAAAGAAAAUGUCACUACCAUCGACAUUCACAGUCAGCACAAUCACUCAGUUGGCACGUUGGAAGCCUCCAACUUCAAAGAUUUGUCAGAGGAAACAAUAGACAAAGUCUAUAAGCUUUUUGAGUCUGGUCUGACACCAUCUACUGCUAGACAGCAGUUUUUGAGCGACCUCAAAAGUGACUGUAUGGAUGAGAUCACCUUUCACCGACAAAAGGCAGACCGCUCCAUCAUGCCCAGGAAGAGAGACUUCAAUUAUUUGUAUGAACAGUUUGGGAGGGAAAGGUAUGGAGGAAAAGACAGUCAAAUGUUUGUCAAGCUGAAAGAAAGACUCGAUUCAUAUAAAGAAGAAAAUCCAGAGGCAAGCAUAAAGUGCCAGAUCUAUGAGGGUGACAGCAAGCCUCUGAUAAUCGCACUUGUAACACCGUUAAUGAAGAGAGUCCGUAGGGAAGUUCCUCAGUCAGCUGAACUUGUGUUUGUUGAUGCCACUUCAAAUACAGAAGAACAUAACUUAAAGGUAUUCAUGUUGUGCACCUACCAUGUGGCUGGCGCACUACCAUUAGGUAUUGUAAUAACAAGUGAUGAGAAAGAGAGUACCCUGUGUGAAGGUUUUCAGGCACUUUAGUCAUUGUUGCCACCUGAUGCCUUUUAUGGCAAUGGACCAGAAGUUGGUCCGAGUGUCAUACUGACAGAUAACUGCAAUGAAUAGCGUAAUGCUCUUAGCCAAGAAUGGCCAAGGGCAACUCUGUUACUAUGCACAUUUCAUAUUCUCCAGCAAGUAUGGAGAUGGCUCCAUGACAAGAGAAACAACAUAAGACAGGAGGAUCGACCGCACUUGUUAAGUCUGUUCAAGACGUGCCUGUAUGCCGAAGAGACAUUUCAUAAAUGUUGUGCAGACUUGUUUCAGGAUAGCAAAUGUAAACUGUAUUGCAACUUCACCACAUAUGUGUCAGGUCUGUGUAAGAAGAAAGAGGCAUUUGCCCUCUGCUUUGGAAGUAACCUACUUGUGAGAGGUAAUCAGACAAAUAAUUUUGUAGAAGCACAAUUUCUUGUUUUGAAGGACACUGUCUUAAGAAGAGUUAAGGAGUACAAUGUAGUGGAUCUUGUAGAGAAGAUUACAGCAGACUUAGAAGAUCACUACAAGACAAAGUUGCUGUCACUAGAAGACGGGAGCUUUGAUGUAACCUACAAUCGGCGCUUUAUGGGAGCAGGUAAAGAUGGAGGGACAGGAUUCCGGGUCCCUUCACAAGAGGAGCAGACUGCCUACAUCUCAUCCGUGGAGCAGUUCGAGAACAAUGUGUUCCGGAUUGCAAGUGCGUCUAAUCUAGAACAAAGCCACACAGUAGACAUGACAGUGGGAGUUUGCAGCUGCACCAUUGGAAAAGAUGGCACUCUCUGCAAGCAUCAGUAUAUAUUAUGGGCAGCUAAGAAGGUACAUUGUAUUGAUUUUGUCUCUUUCACUAAUGCAGAAGAGAGACAGAAACUGGCUAAGAUUGCAAUUGGGAAAGCGUUGCCGCUGUCGUAUUACAAUGAUUUGCGAACUGUUGACCAAAGUGUUGUUAAAUCAUGUGGAUAAUGAGCUCCCAACAGCAAUGGGUGAGACAGAGGUUGAAACAGAGGUUGAGGAGCAGGUCUGUGAAGAGCGGGAACCUGAUGCAUGUAUUGACACGGCAUCAAAUUUGCUACAUAUGGCAUGUGAGCAGAUUACAGAGAAACUGAAAUCAACCAAUGAUACAAAUCUAGCUACAGCAAUUAUCAAGUUUUCAAAGCGAGUCACAAGUCUUGCUGGGCCUUCAACAAUGCAUGCAAAUCUUGUAAAAGCACUGCACAAUUUUGGGUCUUAUGAGUUGAAGAAAACAGGUGUCGGAAAAAAAUCCAGAGUCCAGCCAAAUAGAAAAAGGAAGUGUGAAAAUGGCAGCCACCGGGCAGUCCCAAAAGGAAGGCCUGCAAAACUACAGUCAGCACAACCAAGCUUAGAAGUACCUCGUAAGAAAUGUAAGCGUUCCCACAGUUUGGCUAAAGCUGUGAAGUCAAACACAAACACCAGCAAAAAGUUAGGGUCUCAUGUAGUGAAAUCAAAAACAAGACAUAUACAAUGGGAGAAAAGAAGAACAGAUUCUUCUUGAAAGAAGUAGUAAAAACUAUAAUUGGCAUGUAGCAAAAAGAUGGGAUAAGAAAUGCCCUUACAUAUUUCUAAGUCCAGCAAUGAUGCUAUGGAAAUAUGACUGGUUGGAUCAAAAUAGACCUUACUUUUUACUUUAUUAGCUUGCAUGUUCUCCUAAUGUAGUAGGCUAGUACUGAAAUGCUCCCACCAUGGGUCAUUUCUGUGGUGUUACCAGGGUAAUAUGUAUUUUUGUCUGUUUCUUGGUAACUAUGUUUGUAAAGUUUUGUACUGAAGUACCUGAGCUAUAGGCUUGAAAACAAUUGUAAUUUUACUUUUUCAACAAUGCAACAUGGUAUUGUGUUCACAAAGAAGCCAAUUUGGGCCACUGACCUUCAAAUAUUGUAAGGCAAUGAUAAUCACUAAUGCAAGUUGUGGAUUUUUUUGUAAAAGGAAUGCAGCUAUAUGUAUGAAAUUGUUUACUACAGUUGUUAUAUCUGUUUAGUCCCCUCAGUGUUAGAAUAGAUCAGGAUUGUGACUGAAAAGGCGUUUUACAUUAUUGUAAUUCGAGACUUGAAUACCAUUAUUGUACUGUAUUUGAUGUUAACAUACUAUUGGAUAGCUUCAUUUAUGGUACAAUUUAGUUGCUAUAUUUUCUUGUCGUUAACCAUUUAGUUGGGACUUAUCUAUAUCUAUGACUUGUUGUCCUUUGUUUCCUGUUUCAAUUAUUUCAGUCGUUGUUAAGAGGAGGGUUUGUAUAAGCCUUCUCCCUCUCUCUGCACGCUAUGUAUAUAUUAUCUUUACUUUCUGUACUUUACAUGCUUCUUACAUAAUGAUCAGACGUGCUUGUGAUGUGGCUCAAGUUCUAUCUGUCCAUAUGUAUUUAAGAAGAUGAGAUACUCAGGCAGAGAACUUUGUCAUAGAUCAGGUUACUUUUAUUUGCUUGAAAGAUGUAUUGUGUUGCACUUGUGAAUAGUAUAGUUUGUAAUGGAGGAGUAGAAAUCCUUUCAUCAUUAACUGCUGUUGAAAACAAGUGUUAUUAAACAUUCUGCCUUGUAUGUAAAGUGUAAGGAAUUUUCUUUGCAUAUUCCAUAGUGAUCCAUUACUUUGUAACUUACAUGUUCAUGGUACAAUGGUACAUAUAUUCACUGUACAUAGCUUAUGCAUAAAUCAGGAAAUACAAGACAGUGGUUGAUCAAAAUAAAACAUGUACAGUACAGGAAUAUGAAUGGCCAGGUUUCAUUUGUACUUCAGUGGCUCUAGAUAAAAUGAACAGAAGAGUAUAGACCUUUUUCAAUCUCAAAAUUGGCUACCUUUUAAAGCUUGCUAUAUGAUGUUCUAAAUCUUCGUUCUUGUUUAUAACACUACCAAACAUCUCCUUCCUAGCUUGAUAGAUGUGUACGGGUGAAAUAUUAGCCCUUUAAAAAUAACUUAAGUACUCUAAUUCUUUUCACGCUCAAAAAUCUUACAAUUGCCAAAGGUAAAAAUCACAAUGAACAUUUAUCGAGUAAACCAGCCCCACUGAGGCAAUAACAUAUUUGAAUGUAGAUUAAUCAAAUAAUGACUGGUACUAUUACUACUACUAGAUUGUUUUCCUGUGUCUGUAAAUUGUAUCUUAAGUUUCUGUGAAAUAAACCCAACAUAAUGACAACCAUUUACUUGCAAACUUUCAAAUAUAAUAACAGUGCAGACACAGUAAAAACUUUUGGUGAAAAGGCAUAUGGGCAAGUAUCACAGUGAGAGAUUCAACCUGUUGUUCCAACCUUGCGAUCAGUUGAUGUUGUGGGAUUUCUGCUGGUGUCUUAAUAGAUUUCUUUUCUGAGGAAAUGUCUUGUCACAGUGGUUGCACUUGAAUCGCAUGGUCUUUUUAGCGAAUGCCCACAAACGCCCACUCUAGAGAAGUCCGCGCUGCACG